UCGUUAACGUGUCGAGUUGUUGUACGCAUACAACUUCAGCUUCAAAUGAUAAACUGAGUCCAGAGGAAAGUGUGGGAAACUCGUUAAAAGAAAGAGUGGAAUUGCUUUGGACAAUAAUUUUAGAACUCAUGGUGUUGCUUCACCUUGGAUUCAUUAAUGGGGUCUCUCAGUGUCCAUUAGUGUCUCCAUUGGUUCAAAGACGAAGCCACAAAGCUUCAAGACACCUGAGAUUCAUAGCACAAUCUAUUCCCUCCAGAACCCAGAGGAUAAUGGAGGGUAUUUCAGUGAGUGGUGAAGUUGGUGGUGCUGGUGGGGCAUACUCAUAUAAUGCCUUAAAAAGGUUGGACCAGCUUUGGUCUGGUAUUUGCUCUGCUCAAACAGUUGUGCAAGAACCCCAGCAAAUUGUUUCGAGUAUUCGUGGUAUAUUUGAUUCAGAUGACAAAGCAGUAGAUACAUUUGAUGUAUUAGUUUGUGGAGGCACUUUGGGAAUCUUCAUUGCCACAGCCUUGAGUUCCAAAGGUCUUCGAGUAGGCAUUGUGGAAAGAAAUAUUCUAAAAGGGAGGGAACAAGAAUGGAAUAUCUCGAGGAAGGAGCUCUUUGAGCUUGUAGAAGCUGGAGUUCUUGUAGAGGAAGACAUUGAAGAAGCUACUGCCAUGAAAUUUAAUCCUAACAGAUGUGGAUUUGAGGGAAAAGGUGAGAUCUGGGUUGAAGACAUUCUUAAUCUUGGUGUCUCACCUGCAAAGCUUAUAGAGAUUGUGAAGAAACGUUUUAUUUCCCUUGGUGGAGUCAUAUUUGAAGGUUACAGUGUCUCUAGUAUUUGCAUAUACGAGGAUGCAGCAGUUUUGCAACUUGCAGAAGGAGACAUUUUGUCAUCUCGUCUCAUCAUUGAUGCAAUGGGGAACUUUUCCCCUGUGGUAAAACAGAUAAGAUGUGGAAGGAAGCCAGAUGGUGUGUGCCUUGUUGUUGGAUCUUGUGCUCGUGGUUUUAAGGAUAACUCUACUAGUGAUGUCAUAUAUAGUAGUUCAUCAGUGAAGAAGGUUGGAACCUCAGAAGCUCAAUACUUCUGGGAGGCAUUUCCUGCUGGCUCUGGUCCCAUGGAUCGUACUACCUAUAUGUUCACAUAUGUUAAUCCUCAACCAGGAUCCCCAAAAUUGGAAGAACUAUUAGAAGAAUAUUGGGAUCUAAUGCCACAUUAUCAGGGAGUCUCUCUUGAGAAUCUGGAGAUAUUGAGAGUUAUAUAUGGCAUUUUCCCUACGUAUCGUGACAGCCCAUUGCCAGCAGCUUUUAAUCGUGUUUUACAGUUUGGUGAUGCUAGUGGCAUACAAUCACCAGUUUCAUUUGGUGGCUUUGGGAGCUUGACUAGGCACCUUCAGAGGCUGGUUACAGGAAUAUACGAAGCAAUCAAUGAAGAUUUUCUUGACUCUUACAACUUAUCCCUGCUGAAUCCAUACAUGCCCAACUUAAGUGCUUCAUGGUUGUUUCAAAGAGCAAUGUCAGCUAGACAACAGUCUAAUGUCUCACCAGAUUUUAUUACCGAGCUCCUUUAUGUUAAUUUUCAGAGUAUGCAGAGGCUAGGUGAUCCAGUUCUAAGACCAUUUCUUCAGGAUGUUGUACAGUUCGUGCCUCUUGCCAAGACAUUAGGCCUAGUCAUGUUAACUAAACCUCAACUUCUUCCAUCAAUAUUCAAGCAGGUUGGUAUUCCUGUGCUUCUUGACUGGUCUGGACAUUUUUUUAUGCUGGGUUACUAUACAUUUCUGUCAACCUUUGCUGACCCUGUCAUAAGGCCAUUGCUAAGCUCUUUUCCAUCCAAGAUGAAGUAUGAGUGGAAGCGGCGCCUCGAGGCUUGGAAAUAUGGAGCUGGUUUAGAUUACAAGCGGUAAGGAGUCACCUAACAAUGACCGGAAUAGUGGUAGGGUAAUGAAGACAGAGGACUGGUCUACUUGGUUUACAAGUUCUUGGAUGGCAAAUUCAUUGAUUUUUACCAAUCUUGUCCUAAUUUGAUCUUGAGGGGUGGUUAGGCCUUGGAGAUCAGUUAAAGAUUUCGUAGUACUUCACGCAGACAUGGUUACAAAUUUUGGCAUUAUUGUCUGAUGAUAAUUCAUAUGCCUUUUAAUUGUGCAACAAAUUUCACUGAUAAUUUGUUAGUGGUAUAAAUUUAAGGCAAUUUUGUAUCCACAAACUCAA